AUGCGACCUUUGCCAGCCUGUGGGAAAAUGAGAGCUUUGGAACAGGGUAUGGACAUCCAUCACAGAGAUGAUGUAGCUGCAACUGCCAUGGUAGACAGCACUUUGAUUGUUUUUGGUCGAAAAGAAAACAUGAGAUUCGGCGCUGCAAUUAUAUUCUCACAGCCUGUAGAGGCUCGUUGGGUUAAGCUUUUGGGGGUUACAGUCGAUCUUCGCUUCAUUUGUACAAUCAAGCCGAGUCAUCUAAAAGUUUUUAAACGAGCGAUCAAACGAAUCGGCCUUCAGAUGGAAAGCAGGCAAUCUAGUUUUAUUAGUAUGGAAGAAGAGAUGCAGCCGCUUCAUGUUAUGUUGGUCCCCUGGCUUUCAUACAGCCACAUAGCAGCCUUCUUAGAGCUCGCAAAGAAAUUGGGUACUCACGGUCUCAGAGUUUCCUUCCUCUCCAGUCCCCUCAAUAUCAGAUGGAUUAGGCAGCACCACCUCAUCCCAGAAAUUGAACUUCUGGAGAUUCCACUGCUCUCCAUGGAUGGAUUGCCCGAAGGUGUUGAAUCAACUGCAGAUUUGAAGCGAGGAGACACAUUUGACCUACUUAUGGAGGCCAUGGACGGUUGGGAGAAGCCAUUCGAAGACCUCUUGGGAAGGAUUUCUCCGGAUUUUGUAAUCCAUGAUAUGACGCAGUACUGGGCUUUUCGCAUAGCCGACAAAUUGGGCAUUCCCACCAUAUUUUUCGCCAACACUUCUGCCACUGGUGUGGGAUAUCUUGUAGGCCAUGAGGCCUCGAUAGCAGAGAUAGGAGAUCUGACGGUGCCGCCGCCUAGUUUCCCCUCACCGAACAUCCGCCUUUCACCAUUUCUAGUGUCCAAAUUCCUGAAGGAGAUCCAGAAGAGGGAAGAGCACAUCAACUUGGGAGAGCGGUUUGGCAUGUGCAUGAAGAAUAGUUGGGUGAUAGUGUUAAAUACAUGCGUAGAAAUGGAAAGAGAAUAUGUGGACUAUUUGCAAACAGUUAUUGCUCGGCCCGUGCUUCCCGUGGGAAUACUGUUGCCCGAUCUGCCACCCCGCCCGGCUGUGGACCGUUGUUUGGCGUGGCUGGAUCUGCAGCAUCCCCAUUCUGUGGUGUUCGUGUCCUUUGCUAGCGAAUUUAUUCUCAGCAACCAAGAGCUCGCUGCAUUGGCGUUGGGCUUAGAAGAAAGUGAGGUCCCAUUUCUGUGUGUUCUUCUCCGGCAGAUGGCAGCUGCGUUGCCCCAAGGCUUUGUGGAGCGCACACAAGGAAGAGGACUUUUGGUGACCGAGUGGGUGCCUCAGUUGCACAUUCUCAGCCAUUCUGCCGUGGGAGCGUUUCUCACUCACUGUGGGUGGAAUUCUGUGACGGAAGGGUUAAGAUUUGGCGUCCCACUUGUCACAUUUCCAUUGCAACAUGAACAGAGCUUAAAUGCUAAGCUCAUAGCCCAGGAACUCAAGUUAGGGGUGGAGGUCAGGAGAAAUGAUGAGGAUGAUUCUUUUUCCAAGCAAGAUGUCAGUAAAGCUGUUUGCACAUUAAUGGUUGAAGAGGAAGGCAGAUACAUCAGAUCUCACGUUCAAGAAAUUGGCGGAGUCUUGACCAAGAACAAUCGCCAAAUCCAAGGAUCAAAUAUCCACCACUUUAUUUCUUUAAUGAAAAAAGAGAAAGCGGCCUGUAAAGCAGCUAAACAAGCUAUGUUGGAUAGUGAUGCAAGUGGGCAACUGGAAACAGAAUUAGCAAUUUCAGGAAUGCAAUUGGAGUUUUUAGAGAGAGAUUCUAAAUUAAUCUAUAGAAGUGUUGAGAUUGAAAACAAUGUUUAUGAGACUUUGGGUGUACAGUUUAAAGAUGAAGAGAAAAAAGAGCCAGUUAUAACUUCAAACAAAGAGGUUAUUGGAUGA